AUGACUGGGCGCGACGAAAGCGAGCGGAUCGAACUCUACGAUUCUGCUUUGACUUUACCCUCCGAUUCCGAGAACUACUCAGCCAACAACGAGCUCUCCUCGCCACCGUCAACGUCAAGCUCUCCCUUGAUUCUGUACAAACCGCCCACGGUCUGGGGCUUUCUCCGUGGAGCUGCGAUUAAUGUCCUCCUUCCUUUCGUUAACGGGCUCAUGCUCGGGCUAGGCGAGCUUCUUGCACACGAAGCUGCAUUCCGCUUAGGCUGGUCGGGCACAAAGGUUUUCCCGACGUGGAGACGCACUGCUCCUGCCGGCCCCGGCAUUGAAAUGAGAGAAAUUCGAGACCGCAGAAGGAAUUCUAGUGCGAAUGUUGAAGAUGCGGCAUCCUUGGAAUAG